UCUUUCAUUUGAUAAUAUAUAGUUUUAUUUUAGAAAAUGGCUUCCAAAGUAGCCUUACUCAACUUAGGUUUAUUGGCCAUCAUGGUUUUCAUCUCUUCUAAAGGAGAAGCUAGGCCCUUGCCUGACACCACAAAGACUAAGGUGGUUGACAGUCGAUGUGCUCAAACUGAAAGUACUGAUUGUUUUAUGAUCCCUGGUUUUGGUGGUAUUGGUGGAAUGCCUGGUUUUGGUGGAAUUCCUUUGUUACCUGGCUUUGGUGGAACCCCUUUGUUGCCUGGUGGACCAAAAGCAAAUGUUGUGAUGGAGAAAAAUGACAAUGGUAAUCUCAAAGAUAGCAAAAAAUCGACAGAUGCAAGAUGUGUUGAAAGUGAAAGUACCGAUUGUUUUAACAUACCCGGAUUGCCAAAUUUUGGUAUCCCUGGUUUUGGUGGAAUUCCUUUGUUUCCUGGUGUACCUACUAAAAACUAAAGUUGUUAUGGAAGGAAUAAUUAAUUAUUGUGAUUAUUUCACAAUGUAAUGGUUAUUACAAGAACAAGAAUGUGUUAUAUCAGCUCUAAUUUUGCUUAAGAAUAA